UAUAUAAAAAUUAAUAUACUGAAAUACUCAAAUAUAUCUAAUCUAUAUACAAUAAGUUUAGAGCAGUUCGUGUAUCCGAUCGGAUCUCAGAUAGAACCUAAAUCCAAACCAAGAUAUGCAGGUCUAAAAAAAGAUGACCCAACAUGUACUUUAGCAUAGAUCUAGACCUCUAUCUGUAUUAUCGGAUGCAGAUAAAAUGUUCAGGCCUACGUAUAACCUUAUGGUACUACAAAAUCAACAAUAAAUUGUAUUACACUCAGUUUAUGUCGAGAUCGAUUGAUAUUUUAGAAUAAAAGUAAUUUUCUAUAUUAAGAAAAAAAAUUAAAAUCCUGAUUAAUAUAUUUUAAUGGAUCGUUUUUGUAAACACUAUCUACAGAGAAAAACAAUAGAUGAGGCUCUCCUAUAAAUAAGAGUAGUCUAUAAAUAAUACCACACACAUGCCUUUAAAGUCUUAAUCACUCCACACAUUGAACGAAAAGCCCCACACACACAAUGGAACCAAAGCUGACACAUCUUUGCUAUUGCCUUCUAGUUUUUCUUCCACUACUCUCUCAAUCCGCCAUAGCCAAUCCUUCAUCAUCACCAAACCAUAGCAACAAUAUCAACUUCAUCGUAUCCUCAUGCCGCACCACGCGUUACCCUACUCUCUGCGUCAAAUGCCUCGCAGCUUUCGCCAGCAAAAUCCGCUGUAACGAAAACCGGUUAGCUCAAACCGGUCUAGCCGUUACUUUAGUCCGGGUUCGGUCCACGACGGCCUACUUAGCUAAGCUGACUAAAGCAAGACGUGUCAAACGCAGAGAGUACUUAGCAGUGAAAGAUUGUGUGGAGAAUCUUGGAGAUGGCUUAACGAUGUUGGCUCAGUCGAUGAGGGAAAUGAAACGAGUGGGUCGAUCCGGUCGUGGUCGGGAAGAAUUCUUGUGGCGGCUGAGUAACGUUGAGACUUGGGUUAGCGCUGCUUUAACAGAUGAGACAACGUGUCUUGAUGGCUUUGAUGGGAAGUUUAUGGAUGGUGUGGUGAAAAUGGCGAUUAGAAGACGAGUGGUGCAUGUGGCUCGAGUUACUGGUAAUGCAUUGGCUCUUGUAAACCGGUUCGCGUCUCGUCAUAAAUCAUAGAUUCAAGUAAAAAAAUCAAAAGAGUAUUCGGUCCUUAAUUACUUUUUGUCAUAUCUUCCUUUUUCUUCUGUUUCGCUUUUGUUUCUUUAUGAUAGUUUGUAUUUAUUUGUAGUCUUGCAAUAUUAUGCUUUUGUCAUGGUUUGAGUAGAGAUAACGAUUAUAUAUGUUGAGUUUAUGGAAAAAAUGGCCACAAAUUAAGAGUA